AUGGGCCACGACAAUUCGAACAUACGUCACAAGCGGAGCGCGUCGACGGGAUCGCUCCCGGCGCUCGGCCGUCGAUUGAGCAACGGCUCGCUCAGAGCAGUCAAAUGGAUCGGCAAGCAAUUCAAAAACAAGAAGCCAGCGAGCGACUCGGAUUCGGAUGAAUCCUGGGGGACCCCAUCUGAGCUCCCACUCGGCCAGGACGCCGGACCAUCCCGGAUCGAUGACGAAUAUGUCCCACAGUCCACGUUGGCUCAUCGGGCCCGAAGAGAGGCUCUAGAGAAACACUGGAACGAUAUCUACUCCUUCGACUGGCCCGCUGGCAAGAUUCCCAGCAAGCCUGUCCCUGCUGAUCCUGUCGACAGACCUUUGACAUCUAUGGCCCGGGGGAGGCGGAGGUUGCAAUCCCUCAACUCAUCCAACGCGCCCCCUCAUCCAUUUGCCCUUGGAAAUGCCUCGAUAGGCCAUCUACCUGCCCGGGUCCCCCAAAGUGCUCUCAGGAUGCGUUCCUUGGAGAGGGAAGAAGUCAUCGCAACUCUGCCCAAGCCUAAGCCUCCUCCCGUCAGACCUUUGCCUCCCCCACCCGUUUCCCUCUACCCUAUCCCUCCUACCCUUCCUCUAAACAUCAGGCGAGACGCUUCCUCAAGGUCUCAAACUCCUAGUGAAUCCCUGUACUCUGACCCUUCUAUUUCCGAUAAAAAAUCGCGUUGGAAGAGGUUGUAUGAUCGUUAG